ACCAGAGGAGAUAUCAGACCCUCGGUCACUCCACCACCAGAAGACGACCCUACUCUCUAUCUGCAGCUUCUUUACAAAAGAUGUUUUUUAUUUAGCCUAAGUCCAAACGCAUUUCUACCCAGCUGUGCUCUUUUUUCUCUCUCUUUUUUUGUCAGGAUGGGAGGCAAAGUGUCUUUUCUGUUGCUGCUUCUUCUCGUUGUUUGCUCUGAAUUGCGGAGUCCACCAGAAGAAGAGGCUCCAUCGUUCGUAGAGCAGGGGCCUCUAACCACACCCGCCACCGCCACAUUGGCCACAAGCCCCGCCCCCACGCAGCCAGAGAUAGACGAGUACCUGGGUCCACGCCAGUGUCUGGACAAAUCGUGGACUCGUGCGUCUUGCGGCCUGGUGUUUUGUUCUCCGUGGCAACGUUGCAUUGAUGGGAGUUGCUCGUGUAAACCUCCCUAUUUGUGUCCAGUUGAUAACGUGACCGCUGUUUGUGGGCGAGGAAGCAGGAACUACCGGUCCUACUGCCAGGCAAUGGCGGUCUCAUGUCGGACCAAGGAACCCGUCAUGUCCCACUUUGGAGAACGGUGCAGUCAAGAGAAAUUUCAAAGUUCAGCAGUAGGAAAGAACAGAGUGGUCAAGCUCUUUCUUCCCAGUAGCACGGGAGGUGGGGAGGACUUCCUGGUGUGUGAAAAGCUGUGGGACAUGGCGGCCGCCAACGUGUUCUGCAAGGAGACAAAGCAUCCACUAGGUGCUGCGUCGGCUGAUUCUGUUCCAUACGAGUCCCUAAAUACUGGGACGUUACCACGCAAAUGUGUUAGCGUCCGCUGCCAAGGAUACGAGACGUCUCUGGCUGAAUGUGUGAUCUACAACAAGGAGGAGAUUGGAAGUGGGGAGGUGGCUGCUGUAACCUGUUACGAUCCAUCGCAAGCUCUGACCGGAAAUGACUGCGGUUUCAGCUGCGUCAACUCAAAGUGUAUCUCCCUGAACCAGACGUGUGACGGAGUCGACGACUGUGGCGACCGGAGCGACGAGAUGUGCUGCAAAAAAUGCAGAGGAGACGCAUUCCGAUGCAAGACGGGCGUCUGUAUUCACAGCGAAUCGCUCGUCGACGGACAGCUCGACUGUCUGGACGGAGAGGACGAACUAAAGAAGCAUGAGACACGAGCACUUAAACGAAGUGGUCGGGUGGACCAAGCAGCUGGAGAGUACGUCUCUCCCAAAACUGAGCUGAUGGUGAGCAGGAACCUCUUGGAGUCUCAGCUCUACUGUGGGAUUCCCAACAAGACCACUGUGCACGACACGGACGUGGAGCCGAGAGGAAGGACGAGCCGAGUCAAGAGGGUGGUUGGAGGAGUCGAGGCAAAUCCAACUCAGAUCCAGUGGCAGAUUGCUCUGGAGGAGAACCGGCGUGUUGACUGUGGAGGAGCGUACAUCGGAGGCUGCUGGGUGGUCACAGCAGCUCACUGUGUCAGGCCCAAACCAUCCGCAUUCAAAGUCAAGUUUUCUGUCUGGAAGAAGAGUCGAGCUCAGGACACUACGGACAUUGUUCCUGUGGAGGAGAUCAUCAUCCAUCCAGGCUACGGUCCCGCCACGUACGAGAACGACAUCGCUCUGGUGAAGCUGGACAAGCUUCCGUUCAAGGAGGAAUGUGUGGAGGACAACCCGGCCAUCAGCGCCGUCUGCCUACCCUGGUCCACGCACCUGUUCCAGCCUGGACACACCUGCAGCAUCUCUGGAUGGGGACGGACGGCAGAUGGAAAAGCUGCUCAGGUGUUGCUCUGGGCCAACGUGUCCCUCAUCGACAGAUGUGAGAGGUUCUACAAAGAUCGCUUCAGACCAGGCAUGAUGUGUGCAGGUGACCUGGAAGGCAGCGUGGACUCAUGUCAAGGGGACAGCGGGGGUCCUCUGGUCUGCCAGGACGAGCUGGGGGUCUCUUACCUGUGGGGCAUCGUCAGCUGGGGAGAGAGGUGUGGACAGCCGGGCUUCCCUGGAGUUUACACCCAGGUGGCUCAUUACUUUGAGUGGAUUCGACUUCACACGGGUUGGCCUGCGAUCACCAGGUUCAACUCCUGAUGACACAAAAACACAACUAACGUCUGUGGCGUCAGACAGACGCGUUCAUUAAAAUUCCUCAUCGGUAUCGGUGCCGAAAUGUUACUUUGCUUCCAGUAAAGAACCAGUAAUAAAAUAUUGUCUGUGUGGAUACAAAAAAGAUAAAUAAAAUGUAUACCUAUGUCGUA